CGAUAAUUGAUUGAUUGAUGGAUUGACACCAGCAAGUGUUCGAACCGUUCGUUAUCUUGUUCAACUUGCCACUUCCUGUGCUCCUCAGGGGUGACUACUUCUCUCCCUACAAGAUGAGCUGGUGACGAGACUUCCCCCGCAAAGCGCCAAAACACCAUGCUGCUCUCUGCCGACCCUCAGAAGAGGGCGAGGAUAAUUACCGUCAUUGCAUGUACGACAAUUGCCCUUGCUUGCGGCACAAACUAUGGAUAUUCAAUAUGGGGUCCAAGUUUCGCUGCCCGUCUCAAAUUGUCCGCUACCGACAGUAACUUGAUUGUACGAAGCCCAGCCUUCCAUGGGGGAAAGAGAUAGACUGAUAUGUUGGGAACAUACAGGGGACCAUUGGCAACUUGGGAAUGUACGCGUUCGGUAUCCCCUCUGGAAUCAUGGUAGACGCAAAAGGUCCAAGAUGGGGUAUCGCUCUGGGAAUAAUACUGUUUGCCGUGGGAUACUAUCCAAUUGCCCAAGCAUACGAAGCUGGGCCUGGAUCGUACAGCGUGGGCUUGAUAUGCCUUUUCUCCUUCUUUACUGGAGCUGGCAGCUGUACAGCAUUCACAGCAUCCAUAAAAGCUGGUAGGAGCAUUGUACCAGCUUAUCGAGCCAUCAUUGACUUGAACAGCCGCCCUCAACUUUCCCGAGUCUCGGGGAACAGCAACAGCGUUUCCACUGGCUGCGUUCGGACUGAGUGCUAUGUUCUUCGCGGCUAUAGCACUGCUGCUCCCCUCCGGCACCUAUAACUUCCUCAUCCUGCUGGCUACCGGGACAGUCGUGCUACCGCUAAUUUCAUUCCCAUUCUUACGCGUCCUCCCACCGCAAAGCUACCAUCAUGUCCCCCAGCAAGACCGUCAAGUCAUGCACAGGACCCGAUCAUCAGGAAGUCAUCAAUAUUCUCCUUCCGAAGAACCAGGUGCGCCUCCAAACAUGCACAAAAUCCCAUCCUCAACCAGCACAGAAUCUCAAGACCCCGAACCGACCCCUGACUCCGGGGACGAGCAUUCCUCCCUCAUUUCCAAAUCCUCCAUUGACGGCGCCGAAGACCUUGAAAAUUCCAAGCACCUUGCAUCUGACAGGAACCGUGAAUCCCCACAUCUAGACAUUAGGGGGUUCGCUCUACUACCUCUUCCGGAGUUCUGGCAGCUGUUCUCCAUGCUUGGCCUGUUAACCGGCAUUGGCUUGAUGACCAUCAACAACAUUGGCAACGACGCGCAAGCUUUGUGGAAGCACUUUGACCCGUCUACCACGCCAGCCUUCAUCGAAAAGCGCCAAGCAAUGCACGUCUCGAUCCUCUCGUUCUGCAGCUUCACAGGCCGUCUGACCAGCGGCAUCGGCUCCGACUUCCUUGUGUCAAAACUCCACCGCUCUCGAUUCUGGUGUCUCUUCGCCUCAGCAAUCAUAUUCUGCCUGGCACAACUCGCCGGCACUGCGAUAGCCACUCCAAAUCUGCUGGUCCUCUUAUCCGGCCUGACGGGCUUUGCAUACGGCAUGCUCUUCGGUGUCUAUCCAAGCCUUGUUGCGCACUGCUUUGGCGUGCACGGCCUCAGCCAGAACUGGGGCACAAUGACGCUGGCGCCCGUCAUAUCCGGUAACAUUUUCAAUCUCUUGUAUGGACGCAUCUACGAUAGCCAUUCGGUCAAGAAUGAAGCAGGGGAUAUGGAAUGUCUGCAGGGCCGAGUGUGCUACAGUUCGGCGUACUGGGUCACCUUUUGUGCGGCGGUUCUCGGCGUGGGAUGCUGUCUCUGGAGUAUCUGGCACGAGUACCAGGUCCACAAAGUACGCGAGAGUAAAGAGCGGGUGGGUGACCAUGAGCGGACGGCGUGAAUCCGAAUCUUGGACUGGGUGCCUGUCUGCCUUGCCGUCGUCGCUGUACGAUUGGACGAAGGUGCUUAACUUCAAAAACCAAAACACCGUUUAGAGAGCAUUUUGAUAUUUGGCGUGAACAUGAACAUGAACAUCAGCAUAUAGAUACGACUUGUGGAGGCGACAUCGUAAGCUAUCGCGGAUGCCUUGUGUAGAUUCAUAUAGAGCGAUAGUACAAUGGGCAUUUGUUGGCAUGGGCUUUGCGUGUCAACUGAUGGGUGGUUCGAUUUUCAAAAUCAUCAGGCAUGACAACACGUCCGCG